ACAUUUUCAUCAUUUUAUUAAAAUAGGGGUGACCAUAAAAUAAAAAAGAUAAAAAUAGCGAAUUUUAAGGAUCGGGGAAGAGCCUUUCUUCGAGUUUAUCCGUACACCAUUACAAACAACGGCCAACCACGUCCAUGGCUGGUGUCUCUUCUUCAGCAAGGAUAUACGGAGGGAAUUGUGUGUAUAGCAGAUUGACUAGUAAUUGAAGAAAUUCAGGAUGAUUUUUCUUUUGUUGUCGCUACGCUGGAGAUGGAUUUUGGCAAGAUGGAUUUCCUCUUUAGAAAAUUGGGUAACGAUUUGGGAUUAAUGAGGUUCUUUCAACAAUUCAAUUGGAUUUGGUUCAAAACUGAAGAUAAUAGGGCUGUAUUCUGGGUUGGUUACUAGUUAUUUCUGUAAAAUGUAGUGGAAAUGGGUUUAUAUUAAACCCUUCAGUCUAUGAUUUGGGUUUUUCUUAGAAGAUGGGGUAGUAUGUGGGAAUGAUGCGGUUAUUUCGUUAUUUAAUUGGAUUUGCUCCAAAAUUGAAGAUAAUAAGGGUGUAUUUUGGGGUUGUUAAUGCUGUAGACGUCAGUGGAAAUUGAUUUUUUUGGCUAAACUCUUCAGCUUAUGACUGGAGUUGUUAUUAGAAAAUGGGGGUAUAAUGUUGGAUUGAUGAGGUUAUUUGCAAAUUUUUUGGAUCUUUUAUUAUUGAACUUGUGCUCUUUAUUUGAAAAACUUUAUUGAUUGGCUAUGCACUACAGUAUAAGAAUUGGGCAUUUAGACUAGAAUGUCUGAAUUAGUUCCCUGUUCAUUUGAAGUUGAAGGACACAUACUCACAUGUACUUUAUAGGAGGGAAAUGAGGAAACUAAGAUUGACCUGAAAUUGAAGAAUGGAGCACAAAUAUAUCACAUGAUUAAAUUUGGGUUAACUCAUAACUGUAUUUAUAUAUUAUAACUUUGAAAUUUUCUGAGAAUUGAGAUGCACUGGUUAUCGGUUACAUGUCUUGGGAAUUUGCUGCAGACAUUCGUUCCAAGAAUAAUCAGAUGCGUAGAGCUUCAGAGUGCUUCUCUGGUUGAUUUUAAGUGGUCGAAAGCAUGCUAGUUUCAAAGAUGACGAGUCCUUGAGCCUUGUUUCGUGAGCUAUGUUUAGCGACUGUUCUAGAAUUGUACACUCCCUUAGUCCCUUAUGUAUCUUUUUGGUAGGAAACUUGUAAGUAGCUGACAGUAUAAACCCUUUUAAGCCUGAAAACUUCAGAUUGAGGCUGUCACGUAUUGAUCCAGGCUCCAAGCGGGAGACUGUGAGGUGCAUUGAAUUUGGGUUGUGUGAUCAGAAUAUUCUGAACCAAAGCCAUCAUUUUCAACCAUUUCCACCAUGCAUAAUUGUGAAAUCAUAUAUUAUCCAGUACAACUAGAGUAACCUGUUUUCUAGGCAAAUUAUUUACCUUUGAAGAUUUUUCCAACGAUCUGGGUCCGGAAGCUUCAUUUCCUUAAGUUUUUACAUUAUUGGUUUUUUAUAGAACUCUCUAGACUUUUGGUUUUUGUUUAUCGUAUACUACUUUUGUCUCAGAAAAUUUGUAACAUUUGCCGAGAAAAAGACAAAAAUUAAGUAGGUGAACGUAGUGAUGAGACUAAGUUUGCUAAUAAAAUGACAAGAGAUAAUGUCCCAUGUCAAAAAUAGCAAGUUGCAUCAGCCAAAAUUUUCGUGCAAACUUACUUAAGGACUAUCCAUGUUCAAAUUCAAACCCAAGAUUUGUUUCGAAAUGAAUGGAGUUAAGGAAAUAUAAUCAAAGAAUGAAUGGGGAUCAUAAAUUUAUUUCAAUGAUUGUCGGUCUAAAAUUUUUCCAUCGUAGGUUUAUAUCAGAUGAGGCUGAAUAAAAUAUUUUUGGGACUAAGGCUUUUGUGUUAUUGUUGUUGGAUGGAAUUAAACACCACAAAUUGAGGAUACCAUUAAGAGUUUGUUGCUAAAGAGAAAAUAUUGAUAUUUAAGGAGUCGCUCUCUGUAAGUUCUUUCUUUUAAUGACAUUUGCACACUUGCUCUGUACAUUACCAAAUCAACACUUUGACUAGUAUUAUUAAAAUUUCUGAUAGUGUUUUGUCAUCAAUUGGCUUUGGUCAUUCAUAAAACUUCAGCAUUUGAGAAUUCAAACCAUCUUAUUAUAUAAAUAAACAGAACCUUGUUCUAGCUGUCCAUAACAGAUGACGUGCUGAUUUUGAGAUUUGAUGAAACAUAUUUGCUUUCUUCAACCCAAGUUUUUAUUAUUGUACAAGAAAUUAUGCAUACUUUUCUUAUGAAGCUUAAAAGUAACGAAUUCUAUAAACAUGAUCACAUGGGUCAUUAAACACAGUGGAUCCCUUAGCUUAUUCUCUAAGUUCGCUGUGUUAAUCCUUGUUUCAAUUUCUUGGUUCUGUUUGGAGUUUUUUUCAGUAACAUUAGCCAAUAUUACGAAUACUCGAUUCCUGAGGGAUCCAGAAACAUUAGUUUCUAGUAAUGGCAUAUUCAAGGUUGGGUUUUUUAGCCCAAAUAAAUCAACCAAUCGCUAUGUUGGGAUCUGGUAUAAUGUUAGUAUGGAUUCUGAUGCAUUGGAAGUAGUAUGGGUAGCCAACAGAAACAGCCCUCUUAAUGAUACUUCAGGGUGGCUCAUGAUUUCAGAUGAUGGAAAUCUUCAACUCUUAAAUCAAGAAAAUAAGAGUUUUUGGUCGACAAAUGUAUCACUUCCUACAAAUAACAAUUCAGUUGUUGCUUUGCUUCAAGAUACUGGUAACCUUGUUUUGCUAUCAAAUAAUGUCAUCAUCUGGGGAAGUUUUGAGCACCUCACUGAUUCGUUCUUGCCUUGGCCGGCGCUUACCAUUCAUAAAGAUGUGAGGGAAAAUCCAUUGCUGCAAUCAUGGAAAAAUGCUUCAGAUCCAUCAAGUGGACAAUUUAAGCUUGGUAGGCUUCCUCGUAACCUUCCUGAUUUUUUUACUGUCAAGGAUGAUAAACCUUACUGGAGAACUGGUCCAUGGAAUGGUUAUCAAUUCCUUGGAAUCCCUUCUUAUUUUUCAGUAGUUUCCACUGGAUUUAGCAUCAUAGAUAAGCAUGAUGGAACCCUUCAGUUAGGCUAUUCUGUUGAAAACCCUUCAAUACUGGAGCGUUUUGUGUUAAGUUACGAUGGGCACUUAGUUCAAAAGCGCUGGCUUCUUCGCAGUAGGAAGUCAGAAGUUGUGUGGAGAUCUAUGGAAUCUGAGUGUGAAGUUUAUGAAAAGUGUGGUCAGUUUGGAAGUUGUGAUCCAAAUAAUUCACCUAUCUGUAGUUGCUUGAAGGGAUUCGAGCCGAGGAACAAGGAUCAAUGGAGUAAAGGAAUUUGGAGUAGUGGGUGUGUUCGGAAGAUAUCAUUGAAGUGUGGAAAUACUGGAGAAAGAGAAGACGGGUUUCUAGUGUUGAAGCAUGUAAAAGUACCUGAUUUCCCCUAUUGGUUGCCUUCGCAAGGUCAAGAUGACUGUGAAAAGAUGUGCUUGGAAAAUUGCGUGUGUUUAGCACAUGCGUUUUAUGCAGGUAUUGGGUGCAUGAUGUGGAAUGUAAGCCUAAUCGAUAUACAGCAGUUUUCUGCCAAUGGUGCUGAUCUUUUCAUUCGUUUGGCUCAUUCAGAAUUGGAAAUCCAAACAAAGGGGAAGUCCGAUGCACAAGGGUCCGAGGAAGGGUCCCACCACCAAGGUGAAAAUGGCAGACGCAAACUAAUUAUUACAGUAAUAGUAAUUUCGUGUAUCACAGUGUUGGUUGUUUUUCUGUACUAUCUAUGGAGGUGGCUGAAUCGACGAUAUGCAAAAAUAGCUAGAAAAAGAGACAUAAAAUGGCCUAUUGCUAACUACAGAGCUGGUGCUAACGUAAGACAAGCUGAGAUCGAAGAUUUACCAUUGUUUACAUUUGAAGAAUUGGUAGCAGCAACAAACAACUUUUCGGGAACCAACAAGCUUGGCCAAGGUGGUUUCGGUCCAGUGUACAAGGGUAAGUUGCAAGAUGGUCAGGAAGUAGCAGUAAAGAGACUUUCAAAAGCAUCAGGACAGGGCCAACAAGAAUUUAUGAAUGAAGUAGUUGUGAUCUCAAAACUUCAACACAUAAAUCUUGUCCGACUUUUAGGCUGCUGUGUAGAGGAAGACGAGAAAUUGUUGGUAUAUGAAUAUAUGCCAAAUAAGAGCUUGGAUGCAUUUCUCUUUGAUCACAAUUCCGAAAUACAUUUAGACUGGAAGAAGCGUUUUCAUAUCAUCAAAGGCAUAAGUCGAGGUCUUCUUUACCUUCACAGAGAUUCUAGAUUGAAGAUUAUCCACAGAGAUUUAAAAGCCAGCAACAUAUUGUUGGAUGACGAUCUCAAUCCAAAGAUAUCCGACUUUGGGAUGGCAAGGAUAUUCGGAAGGAAACAAAAUCAAGCUAAUACCUUACGAGUCGUUGGAACCUAUGGCUACAUGUCACCAGAGUAUGCGAUGGAAGGCUUGUUUUCAGAAAAGUCUGAUGUAUUCAGCUUCGGAGUCUUGCUGCUGGAGAUUGUUAGUAGCAAAAAGAACAGUAAAUUUCUAGAGGAUGAAUCUUUGAGCCUCUUAACUUAUGUAUGGAAAUUAUGGAAUGCAAAUGAUGUUCUUCCACUGAUUGAUCCAAAAAUUUUUGAUCCACGUUUCGAAGUGGAGAUCUUGAGGUGCAUUAAAUUGGGUUUACUCUGUGUUCAAGAAUUUCCGGAAGAUAGGCCCAGCAUCUCGGCAUUAGUUAGCAUGCUAGACAGCAAUGAAGUUACAGAACUUCCAAGUCCAAAGCAACCUUGCUUUACUCUAAGGAAAUUAUGUUCCGUUGAUGAGGGUUCCCAAAGUGGCCAACAACAGGUUUCCUUAAACUAUGCCUCUUUGACUGUAAUAAGCGGCCGAUAGACUUCUUAUUUUGAUGUUUUCUGGACUUAUAAAUAUAACCAUUUGACAUAAAUACGUGUGUAGUGUUCAACUUGACAAUUUUAUGAAAAAAGAACUCAUGAUUUCGAAUCAUAUUAAAUCUCCAACUGUGUGUUAUCAAUGUGUUGUGUGUAGUGAUCGAAAAGUUCGAGCAACAAACAAAGACUUGUACUGUAAAAUUAUGAGUGUUAUUUUGUUGGAUGCUAAGAACUUUA